UUCGGGUCGGGUCAACCGACCCAAUCACAAAAAAUCGGGUUCACCCAAUCGGGUUCUUCGGGUAGGUUCAAGAUCCGGCUGACCGCGUCUCCGCCGUUCCGCCCGCCGCCUGCAUGCUCCGUCGUCCUAUCUUAGAACAAGCCAAGGUCCGAAGCUGUGUUUGCAAAUGCCGCGCGAUUCCUAGGAGGCUAGGUGUAGCGCGUACGUGCUUCCCACUACCACAGUGCCAGCUGAAAGUAUUAAAAUCAGUGUCUCUUUAAAGUUUUUUCUUUACGUUUUCUCUUGAAAUUGUGGUCGAAACUCGAAAUGGCUGGAGCGUUGAGUCCAAAUGGUGUCGAGGAAUCCAAAUCAGGUGGGCGGAGUUUGAAGGUAUUCAACUUUCAAGACGAGGCAGCAAGCAUGUCAAUUUCAUCAGGCAACAAACAAAGGAAUCCAUUAGAUUUUUUUCGCACUUUAUAUGAGGGCGCUAUAGCUGGAGCAGCAGCUGGUGUUGUUGUAGAAACUGUAUUAUACCCAAUUGAUACAAUAAAGACCCGGCUUCAAGUAGUCCGUGGUGGUGGAGAAAUAAUCAUGAAAGGUCUCUAUUCAGGCUUGGCUGGAAAUCUUGCAGGAGUCUUACCAGCUUCUGCCAUAUUUGUGGGAGUGUAUGAACCUACAAAACAAUUUUUAUUGAAAAGCUUUCCUGAGAAUUUCAGUGCCUUAGCUCACUUGACUGCAGGGGCUGUUGGAGGUGCUGCUUCUUCAAUUGUCCGUGUGCCAACAGAGGUAGUCAAGCAACGGAUGCAGACUGGGCAAUUUGCUUCUGCCCCUGAUGCAUUGCGCCUUAUCAUUUCUAAAGAAGGUUUUAGAGGCCUGUAUGCAGGAUAUGGCUCCUUUCUACUGAGAGACUUACCUUUUGAUGCUAUGCAGUUCUGUAUAUAUGAACAACUUCGACUGGGUUAUAAGCUAGCUGCAAAAAGGGAUUUAAAUGAUGGUGAGAAUGCAAUGAUUGGUGCCUUUGCAGGUGCUGUCACUGGUGCCAUAACAACUCCUCUUGAUGUCAUAAAAACUAGACUUAUGGUUCAGGGAUCAACAAAGCAGUACCAAGGUGUUAUCCAUUGUAUUGGAACUAUUGCUAGAGAAGAAGGAACCUCUGCUCUUUUUAAGGGGAUGGGACCAAGGGUGCUUUGGAUUGGAAUUGGAGGUUCAAUAUUUUUUGGAGUGCUUGAGAAGACAAAACAGCUUCUUUCCCAGAGAAAAACAGCUGAGGUGAAACAUGAAUGAAGCCUAGGAAUGUUUAAUUUAGAAAUAAACAACACAGAUGUAUUCGUUUGUGCGGCUGGCAGUGUAUGCAAGUAUGAUUGACGCUUGAACUCCAAACCAUGAAUUUGUAACUGUUUUGUCAUGCGUAUUCAUCAUGUCUGUAUGAACAAAUAAAAAAUAAAUAAAACAUUCAAGUUCAUCACCAUUAUCUAUACUCAAG